UCUGUCGCAAGCUGCCCACCCAGUCUUUCAGAUCCAAACCUCCCAUUGCUUUCCUCCACUGCGUGUAUAACUCUCCUCACUCAUACCAACGACAGCCCCUCGGGGCUUCCCAUCGGAUUGGCUGCCCGCCUCAAUCGCAAAUCUCCCAGUGCCCGCACCGCAGCAGCACCACCACCACCAAUCUGCGCAAUGGCUCCCCCUCCUCCACGGCGGAAUCUCCUCCCCAAAGACCGCUUUGCCUUCAACUUCGGAAGUCUCAAGACCCAAAGCUACCAUGAUCCCGUCGCGCGAGGCCCGGGAUCACACACUAUCCGGACCAUCGCCUGGAAUCCGACCGGCCAAUUGAUCGCUACCGGGUCAGCGGACCGCACGCUCCGGAUCUGGAACCCGGAGCGCUCGCAAGUGAAAUACUCGACGGAGCUGCGCGGCCACACGGCGGGCAUCGAGAAGGUGGUGUUCAACCCGACACGGGAUUCGGAGCUGGCCAGCUGCUCAACAGACGGCACGGUACGGUUCUGGGAUGUGCGGUCCAAGACGUGCGUGAGUCGAUUGGACGUGGGCACGGAGGCGUUCACGCUGUCGUGGUCGGCGGAUGGGAGUACCCUCAUCGUGGGAAGGAAGGACGACACCCUCAUCCCCAUCUCCAUCGAAUCCCUCUCCACGCCCACGACACUCCCAACCGACCCCUCCCAAACAAACCCCCCUUCCUCCUCCUCCCAGCAAUACAUCUACCGCGCCCUCGACCCCCACCAACAACCCAUUCAAACCAACGCCACGACCUUCUCGCACCACAUCGCCAACCCCUCCGCGCCGGACCUGCACCUCUUCGCCACGACCGGUGAAGGCACCGUCAAGAUCCUCUCGUACCCGAGCUUCUCCGUCCUGCACACCCUGCACGCGCACACCUCGGCCUGUCUGUCCAUCGCCCUGGCGCCGACGGGCCGCUACCUCGCUGUCGGCGGUAGCGACGCGCUGAUUUCGCUCUGGGACACGACGGACUGGAUCUGCCGCCGCACCGUGUCGAGCAGCAACGGCGGCGCGGUCCGCGGCGUGAGCUGGUCCUUCGACGGGCGGUUCCUGGUGGGGGCUUGCGACGAGGUCGGGUGCGGCGGGAACGGGCUUGAGGUGUUCCAUGCAGAGACGGGCGAGAGUGUGUACACUGUGCCAGUGGGUGGGAAUGCGAACUCGGGGAUUCCGGCUGUUGCGUGGCAUCCUUCGCGGUAUUGGUUGGCGUAUUCGACGACUGCGGAUGGGGUUGGUGGUGGUGGUGGCGGGGGUGGGGGGCAUGGUGGGUUGAGGAUUGUUGGGGCUGCGGGGGGGAAUCUAUAG